AAAUUGUUUUAAUAUUAUUACAUUUCAGAUAAACUUUAAAUUGUCAUCAUUUGGCAAACAAUAUUAAAAAAAAACGAACAAGAAAAUAAUAAACUCAGAUAAAAAAAGUUUAUCAACAAAAACUACAACCAGAUAGACGACAGUUAUAAUUUAAAAAAGGAAAACAAAACUACACAAAAUGAUUGCGGGUUAUGGUCCUGUUACACAAGCUUUAUUGGGCACACUGCUAACAUGGGGCCUAACAGCGGCAGGAGCCGCCUGCGUAAUAUUUCUGCGAGGCAAUCAACGUAAGUCUUUAGAUGCCGCUUUGGGUUUUGCGGCUGGUGUAAUGAUAGCCGCUUCCUUUUGGUCGCUUCUAUCGCCGGCUAUUGAAAUGGCUGAAAAUUCUCAUUUAUAUGGCGUUUAUGCUUUUCUACCCGUCUCUGGAGGUUUUCUAUUGGGUGCCAUAUUUGUUUAUGGCUGCGAUAAACUAAUGUCUUAUUUGGGCUUAAACUCUUCAAAUAUGAUGAUACAAAUGACGCAGAGUAAUAAAGAUAAGGCGGAUAUUGCCAUGGAUGAUAUGAAACAUAGUCAGAACAGUGUGGGCAUUAUGGAUGCUGCCAAAAGUAUGGAUAGUUUUUCCGAUUGUUUAAGUGCCCAGCAUAGUCAUAAUGAACCAAGAAGACGUAAGAAGCCUAGUAUAGAUGUUGAACGUACCAAUCAUACUUAUGUGGCUACCGAAGAUGAGAGAACAAAAGCUGAAAGUGCUGUGGCUCAAUGGAAACGUAUUAUGUUGUUAGUGGUGGCCAUUACGGUGCACAAUAUACCCGAAGGUUUGGCAGUGGGUGUUAGUUUUGGUGCGGUCGGUUCUUCUAACUCUUCCACCUUUGAAUCAGCUCGUAAUUUAGCUAUAGGCAUUGGCAUACAGAAUUUCCCUGAAGGUCUUGCCGUUAGUUUACCACUUCAUGCUGCGGGUUUUAGUGUUAUGAGAUCUUUGUGGUAUGGUCAAUUAUCGGGUAUGGUUGAGCCUAUAUUUGGUAUUUUGGGCGCAGUAGCAGUAACAUUUGCCAGUCUUAUUUUACCCUAUGCCUUGUCAUUUGCGGCUGGCGCCAUGAUUUAUAUAGUAGCCGAUGAUAUUUUACCCGAGGCUCAUGCUAGUGGUAAUGGUACCAUUGCCACAUGGGGUACCAUAGCUGGUUUCCUAAUAAUGAUGUGUUUGGAGGUAACACUAUCGUGAUGUCGUCUAUUACUAAGCGUUUGUUAUGCGAAAAACAUUUUAAUUAAGUUUUUUAACAAAGAAUGUGCCGCUUUAAGCUACUUAGCCAUUCCUAGAAAAGUUUUUAUUAUUGAAAACUUUUCCAGUUAUAUUAGUAGUAGUAGAUUUUUAAUUUAAAAUUUGUAGUUUGUAUAUGUAUAUGUAAACUAUUUUUUAAUGAUAUUGAGAAGUGAUAAAGAAAAUGAAAAACUAUAUUGCAAGUAGAAAAAUUGUUUGUGAUAGCGUGAUGAGAACUUGUUCAAGAACUUUUUUUUGAGUUUUUAAAUAAAUAUGAACGAAAAUCAAAUUGUAAAUUUGAUAU